AAAACUUCUCUCCCCUUUUCAUAUAUAAUUAACAAUACCAACAAUGUCCAGCCAAGCCGCAGUAGCCAUUACCCCCGGACGCCGUCUGGGUCUCACACAGGAGUACGAGGCGGGCACAGGAACAUACGUGCGGAAUGGCAUAAUCUACUCGUCGAUCUUGGGGUCAAAAGGAAUCAAAGAGGCAGAGGGCUCCGGCAACCCCACUGUGUUUGUCGAGCGCAGCAACGCAAAAUUUGCCAUUCCCAACAUUGGCAGCGAAGUUCUCGCUCGCGUCGUCAGAAUCAACCCGCGCGCAGCCUCCGUGGCCAUAAUGAUGGUUGGAUCAACACCCUGCCAGGAAGAUUUCCAGGGCGUCGUGCGUGUGCAGGACAUCCGUGCGACCGAAAAGGAUCUGGUACAGAUGAUCAACUCCUUUCGUCCUGGAGAUAUUAUCCGGGCCGAGGUCAUUUCACUUGGGGAUCAGCGGUCAUACUAUCUGGCCACGACCAAGAAUGAGCAUGGCGUUGUCUUUGCACAGAGCGCCGCUGGAAACACCAUGGUGCCGACAUCGUGGGAGGAGAUGCAGGACCCCAAGACUGGGGAUGUCGAGAAGCGCAAAUGCGCCAAGGCUUUUUAAAAUUAGAGUUUGUGUGCGAGAAUAAAAACGAUUGGAAGUAUGAGCGUGUGGAAAAAAACUGACGGUUUAUUUGCGGGUUCGCGAUCUGAUCCAAAAUACAACAAUAACUGAAUAUCAGAUCAACAAGCUAAGUGUGAAAAAUUACACUUUGAUUUUGCAAAAGGCUAUUGUUUUC